UGAAACAAGUAAAACAUAAACUAUUGAUUUUUCAUUUUCUUUCUCUCUGUUCUGUUCCUGUUUUUAUUACAAUAACAACUCAAUCGUCUCUCAAUCUCUAUCUGUUAAGCCAAGGUUCACCCUUUUUUUAUGCAUUUGCUUAGUUGGUGCAAUUGGUGUUAAUGGAUUGGAGCUCUAUACUGAGGGUGGAAGACCAUAUCUCUUGCUUUUACACCCACCCUAUUCUUCAGACUUCCUACCUUUAAGCCAGAGAUUAAACCAGUCCAUAGGAUGGUUAUGCCCCUGGUCGAGGAGGUUCUUGAAGAGCUAAAGGAGCUAAUGGCAAUGGCUGCACCAAUGACAGCAGCACAUUUAAUGGCUUUUUUCAGAGGAGUAGUCUCGGUUAUGUUCUUGGGCAGACUAGGGAGUUUACAGUUGGCCGGUGGUGCACUUUCUAUAGGGUUUACUAACAUAACCGGUUACUCAGUUAUAGUCGGCUUAGCCUCCGGUCUCGAACCGGUAUGCAGCCAAGCUUAUGGCAGCAAGAACUGGGACCUUCUGUCUCUAUCUCUACAAAGAAUGAUCAUAAUCCUCUUCAUAGCAAUCAUCCCCAUAAGUCUGUUAUGGAUGAAUCUUGAAUCCAUCAUGAAUUUCAUGGGCCAAGACCCUGAAAUCACAUCAAUGGCAGCAACUUACUGUAUGUACUCAUUGCCUGAUCUUUUAACAUACACUUUAUUACAGCCUUUAAGGGUGUUUUUAAGGUCACAAAGUGUGACCAAGCCUAUAAUGUAUUGUUCAUUACUGGCUGUGAUGUUUCAUGUGCCCUUGAACUAUGUGCUUGUGGUGGUGAUGGGGCUGGGAGUAGAGGGGGUGGCCAUGGCAUCAGUGGUGACAAAUUUGAACAUGGUGGUGCUGAUGGUGGGGUAUGUGUGGUGGGUGAGUGGACGGUGGGAGAUGAGAUGGAGGGUGGGGAUAGGAGGAGGAGGAGGAGGAGGUGGGGUUGGAGAAUUGUUGAAGCUGGCUGUGCCAAGUUGUUUAGGGAUAUGCUUAGAAUGGUGGUGGUAUGAGAUAGUGAUAGUGAUGGCAGGGUACUUGCCUAAUCCAACACUGGCUGUGGCGGCCACUGGGAUUCUAAUCCAAACCACUUCAAUGAUGUACACUGUGCCUAUGGCCCUUGCUGCUUGUGUCUCUGCUAGGGUUGGGAAUGAACUUGGAGCUGGUAAGCCAUACAAAGCCAAGCUAGCAGCCAUGGUUGCAUUAGGAUGUGCCUUUAUAAUUGGUAUCAUCAAUGUGGCAUGGACUGUGAUUCUUAGAGAAAGAUGGGCAGGUCUAUUUAUCAAAGAUGAUCUUGUUAAAGGUCUAGUAGCAUCAAUUUUGCCUAUAAUAGGAUUCUGUGAGCUUGGUAACUGCCCUCAAACAACAGGUUGUGGAAUCCUACGCGGUACUGCGCGGCCGGCGAUUGGGGCCCACAUCAACUUGGGCUCGUUCUACUUUGUGGGUACUCCGGUAGCGGUGGGCCUCGCCUUCGGGCUGAAUGUAGGGUUUGCAGGGCUGUGGUUCGGGCUACUUGCAGCUCAAGUAGCUUGUGCUUUGUCGAUACUAUAUGUCGUGUUGGUCCGUACGGAUUGGGAAUACGAGGCAUUAAAGUCUAGGAAGUUCAGUAGCAUGGAAAUGACUGGAAAUUGCAAAGAAAUUGGAGAUAAAGAAGAAAAUGGGGAUGAUGAAGAGAGUAAAAAACUGUUAGUGAAUGGAAAUGGUAAUAUGGUAUAAGAACAUUUUGAGUGGGAUAUGUUUUUUUGGGGGAGAAUCUGAGUCAUGAUGAGAAUUUUGUAUGGCCUUUUUUGUUUUUUGUUUUGUACUAAUGGAGCUAUCAUUAAAAACUUAUGUAUACAAAGUAUAUAUUCUUAAUGUUUUGUGGAAUGUCACUCCACAUAUGUAGAAAAAGCAAAGUGUCUUAUUAUGACAUAUUUCUAACUUGAA